AUGUCACAGCCUGUCGUAAACAACGAAGCCUACACGGAUGUGGUGGAGCUGUGUGCCCUGUUACAAUGCUUGGGGUUCAGCGUCAAGUCUUUGGAUACUAGCGACGGUAAUCUCAGCCAAGAUGGAGGCGUGAGGAGUGUUGUUAUCAAUUGUCAGGAAUUCGGAUGCUCUCUACUAGGGUCUUUACCAAAGAGUCAUCGUGAACGUCUUUCCAAGGAGCUCCAUGAGAUGAUCAGGUGCAUAAAGCAACACAAUGAAUCGGACGCCGAUUUGGGAAAAGAUGCUAUAGCGAAUAGAUCGGCUAGUAUGAUUGAACUGAACACUCCUGAAAAACGGGAAUUCCCACUGAAAAGCGACACACCAACUCGGUAUCGAUCUCUGGACACACUGACGGCAGCUAAGAGGAAUAACGACCAGCUCCCAGACCCUGGCCCACUGCACAAGGUGGAACAUGGUGAUGUUUCUGCUGAUGGCAGCAAAGAAAAGAAGCAAAUCAUGUGCCGUAGACAGAGCACUUACACACUAUCUUCAACGCCUGGCAGCGUGCGUCGGCGAAAUAAAACUUCAAGUCCAAUACACACUUCACAAAGCACUCUUCUGGACAACUUGAUAGCAGCGGAAAAGGCGGCAGAGGAUUUGCAUAACAAACUGGUAUACGUGAUCAGAGAAUACGUGGAAGAUGGCAAACACGACUCUUCAAUGUCCUCGCUGACGCUGGACGUCUCCAAGAUUUCAUUGCUAAAGUGUCCAGAUGCUUCCAAAGCUCAAUUUUCCUCGAGUCCAAAUUUGUCUGCAAUGGGUGUUGCCAAAGAAGACUUCAGUCGACUGAAGAGAUUUGAAAGUGUCUCAACAUCUAAUCUUGCUCCUAAGUCGACAGUUGCUAAAGAGAGCAAAAUAACAUCCAGACUACGCCGUAUUUCCCCUAAUCUUUUUAAAACGAAGAAAGAAGCUCCCGGUGUUAAGACAGACAAGGGUAAAACGCCGGAUGCACGAAGUAAACUGAACAGUUCAAAGAUGAAGUUUACGUCACUGCGAAGGUGUAUCAAGAAUAGGAAUCUGGGCUCUCCAUAUAUUUUGUCAGACUGUGAUGUCGUGGUGGAUGGAGACAGUUUCUUCAAGGACACAUACAGCAACAGCAAUUCGCAGUACAUCCUCGGACCUGACUGCGAUAGAUACGCUGACUUCCUAAUAAACAAACUCAGUAUUUUCCUUGACAGUCAUGUCAAAUGCCAUUUUAUCUUCAAAGGUGCUACAAAAUUGAACAUGGAUGAAAGACAGAAACUCCACGAAAACAUGAUUCACGAUCGAAUUGUCACAAAAAUAAACACGGCCCCUUAUUUCCAACCGCUUUUCGCCCAAGAUAUUCAAAAACAGGUUUUGGAAGAAAUGGAUAUCAAAUAUUUCGUCUGCGAAUACGAUUCUAUUGAAGCGAUCAUAGGUGUUGCCAGAAAACUAAAAUGUCCCGUUCUAACGAAUAAGUUAGAGUACUCCCUAUUUGUUUUAGGGCCAGUGUCAAAACAGGUGGAUGAGUUAAAAAAGGUUGAAUCAAUUUUAAAUAGUUCUAAGGACUGUAGCCAGCGACAGAAGCGGCUGUACAAGCAGUACAUGGAACAGUUGGCGGGGGCGUAUGUGGAGCGGUGCACGGACCUGAGCUCGCACUGGGACCGGCGCUACAGUUACAGGGUGCCUUCCCCGGAGUGGCGGUACUCGCUGCCCUGCGAGGACCACUGGUGCGCCACGGACGGCUCCCGCUCCUGCUGCGGCUCGGAAUGUACUGACAGUGGAAGAUGCUCCUCGCCAUGUUGCUCAGAAGUGAUCUUCAAUGGUGGACACCACUUCAGUGGGAAGAGAACUCCGAACAUGCAUGUUUGUCAUCCUAUUUGCUAUCCCGGGAACUUUGGGUGA